GAUCCACUUGGGCCGGGCUUUGUCUGUUCACUGAGAUUGGCCUGUGAUUUCCGCUUGCAGGAGCCGAACUGUGUCGUUGCAUAUCAAAUCUUCCAUUGCCGUCGAUCAAUUCUUCGAUCGCCGCCAUCCACCACCCUCGCUGUCGCUGGUGAAAGUUUUCUGUUUUCUUUAGUUUUUCCGUUUCUGUCGCGAUGGGGAUAGAUGCUGAAGAAGAGAUUGAAAUUGAAGAAAACGAAGAGAUUGAAGAAGAGGAAGAGGAAGAAGAAGAGGUUGAAGAAGAUGGGGUGUACACUUUGAGAUUUGAAGAUGGCAUGAACCCCUUGGAUUUUACCGAAAACGAUGCUUCUGGACUCCAACCUUAUGAGCAAUUUGAGCGUCUAGAAUACGAAGCUUUGGCUGAGAAAAAGAGAAAAGCACUUUCACAAUGUCAAUCUGAAGGGUUGGCAAAGAAGGCCAGGCAUGAAGAUGAUUCUCAGGCAAUAUUUGAUGAAAUAAUGGAAACAAUGAACCAUCGCCAUCGAAGAAAGUCAAGGAAGCGUAAGAAAUCAGGUAGACGAAAGGGAUUGAAGAAUAAACUUAGCCCUGAAGUCACAAGAAAGCUGGGUGAAGCUAAUCUUCAUUAUGCUCAUGGUCGUUAUGAAGAGGCUAUACUUGUUUUGAAAGAAGUGGUUCGGUUGGCUCCAAAUUUACCUGAUGCAUAUCACACAUUUGGACUUGUCUAUAGUGCAUUUGGAGAUAAAAAAAGGGCCUUGAACUUCUACAUGCUUGCUGCACAUUUGACACCAAAAGAUUCAUCCCUCUGGAAACUGCUUGUUACCUGGUCCAUAGAGCAAGGAAAUACUGGUCAAGCUAGGUACUGCCUUUCAAAAGCAAUAACAGCAGAUCCUGAAGAUAUAUCACUCAGGUUCCAUCGUGCCUCACUCUAUGUUGAGCUUGGAGAGUAUCAGAAAGCUGCUGAGUCAUAUGAACAAAUAUCACAACUCUUUCCUGAGAAUGUUGAAGCACCAAAGACAGGGGCAAAGCUGUACAAAAAAUGUGGUCAGGUUGAACGUUCUGUCAGCAUUCUGGAGGACUAUAUUAAAGAUCAUCCAACUAAAGCUGAUUUAAGCAUUGUUGAUAUGCUAGCUGCUGUAUGCAUGGAAAAUAAUGUGCAUGAUAAAGCUCUUCAGCACAUUGAGCAUGCACAAUUGCUUUACUGCUCUGGGAAAGACUUGCCACUGCAUCUAACAAUCAAAGCAGGAAUUUGCCACAUUCAUCUUGGAAAUAUUGAAAAGGCAGAGGCUCUCUUCAGUGUUUUGCAACGGGAAACAUGUGAUCAUGCUGGCUUAAUUUCUGAAGUUGCAGACUCAUUUAUGAGUCUUGAGCUUUAUGAUUUUGCAUUGAAGUAUUAUCUGAUGUUGGAGGGAAAUGUUGGACGUGACAAUGGCUUUUUACACCUCAAAAUUGCUCAAUGUUACUUAUCCUUGAAAGAGAGAGUUCAAGCAAUUCCUUUCUUCUAUAAAGCAUUAGAUGUGCUUCAGGACAAUAUUGACGCCCGGUUAACUUUGGCUACCCUUCUCCUUGAAGAAGCUAAAGAAGAUGAAGCCAUUUUGUUGCUAUCUCCUCCAAAAAAUUUAGAGUCUACAGUGGAUCCAAAUUCUGAUGAAUUUCAGCCAUGGUGGCUUAAUGGAAAAGUGAAAUUGAAGCUUUCCCAUAUUUAUAGAUCUAAAGGGAUGUCUGAUGAAUUUGUCGAUGCAAUAUUCCCCUCAGUUCGAGAGUCAUUGUUCGUUGAAACAUUAAAGCAGAAGGUGAGAGUAAAGAAAAGGCUUUCAAAAAGUGUUCUUUUUGAAAGAGUCAAAGUUCUGGAUGAUCAUCACAGUGAUAAUGUAUUUCAUGGAUUUAGACCAAUGGCCUCUACAUCUGAUUUGUCGAAAGCUUCCAGAGCAAAAAAAUUGCUUCAAAAGAAGGCUACACGAAAGGAGGAAAGGAAAGCUGCAGCAAUGGCUGCUGGAGUGGAUUGGUAUAGUGCUGAGUCAGAUGAUGAGUCUCCGGAACAAAAAUUGAGAGAGCCUCCUCUCCCUAAUCUUCUCAAAGAUGAAGAGCAUCAUCAUCUCAUCCUAGAUUUGUGCAAGGCAUUGGCAUCCUUGCGGAAGUAUUGGGAAGCAUUAGAUAUGAUUAAUCUAACUCUGAGGUUGGCAUACAACAUAAUGCCCAUUGAGAAGAAGGAGGAGCUUCGAUCUCUUGGAGCUCAAAUAGCAUACAACAUCACAGAUCCUAAGCAUGGGUUUGAUUAUGUAAAGUACAUUGUUCAGCAGCAUCCACACAGCCUUGCUGCCUGGAAUUGCUAUUACAAAGUAAUUUCAAGAUUGGAAAAUCGAUAUUCAAAGCAUUCUAAACUUCUACAUAGUAUGCGAGUCAGACACAAAGACUGUGUACCACCAAUUGUAAUUUUCGGGCAUCAAUUUACCAUGAUCAGCCAGCAUCAAAUCGCAGCGAAAGAAUACUUAGAAGCUUAUAAACUAAUGCCCGAGAACCCCCUCAUAAAUCUCUGUGCUGGAACUGCCUUAAUCAACAUAGCCCUUGGAUUUAGACUUCAAAACAAGCAUCAAUGUCUUGCACAAGGCUUAGCAUUCCUCUACAACAAUUUGCGGCUUUGUGAAAAUAGCCAGGAAGCCUUGUACAAUAUUGCCCGGGCAUAUCAUCAUGUUGGCCUUGUUUCUCUGGCAGUUACAUAUUAUGAAAAGGUUCUUGCAACUCAUGAGAGAGAUUACCCGAUCCCCAAACUUCCAUAUGAGAAUACAGACCUUGUGGAAAAUAGGAAGCCUGGUUACUGUGAUCUUCGCAGAGAAGCAGCAUAUAAUUUGCACUUAAUUUACAAAAAAAGUGGAGCACUUGAUCUUGCUAGACAGGUCUUAAAAGACCAUUGCACUAUAUGAGCAACAUGGGCUAUAACCUCUAUUAGUAUGCAACUGAUACAGGGAUUGUUUAUUAGUGCUCAUACAUCUGUGUACAUAAUUAACUUUUCCAGUUUAGGGAUUAUCAUAUAUCAUCAUUCAAUAGUAUACAUGUUAAGGUUAUUCAGGGUUAUAUUGCCUCUAUUGUUUCCCGCUUCUUAGGGCUCCGUGGUAUGAGUUGUCAUUCUCUACCGUGAUGGUGUAACCAUUUACAAGAAUAAUAAAAUAUAGUUGGCAAUAUUUAUUCGCGAUCUA